AUGGCUCCUUUGGAAAAUGUCCUAAUCAUCACUGAAGACUUAAAAGGAUACGCUGCUUUUCCAAACUUUUGCUUUCUGUGUUCGGUAGGUACCAGUACAGGCAUUGCAUGUAAUGGAAGUUGGGAGCAACAGGAGAGGAAAGGGGUAAAGAGUUCAAGUGAGAUCAGUGUCAGAAAUGAAAACAGAAGAUGGCAAAGUAGAAAAUAUUAUCUCUUCUAUGUUGGAGAAUCUGUUUCAGGAAAGGUAAACCUACCCUUUAAGCCAGCUGGAAAGAAGCUAGAACACCAAGAAAUUAGAAUUGAAUUUGUAGGUCAAAUUGAACUCAUGAAUUUGGAAGAACUAGCCCUUUCUGGAGAGCUGAAUCAGAGAAGUUGUGAUUUUGAAUUUAUGCAAGUUGAAAAGCCAUAUGAGUCUUACAUUGGUGCCAGUAUCCACUUGAGGUAUUUUCUUAAGGUGACAAUAAUGAGGAGACUGACAGAUAUGGUGAAAGAGUAUGAUCUUACUGUUCACCAGCUUGCCACCUAUCCUGAUGUUAACAACUUCAUUAAAAUGGAAGUGGGUAUUAAAGGUUCUCUACAUAUAAAGUUUGAAUAUAAUAAAUCAAAGUAUCAUUUAAAGGAUGUGAUUGUUGGAAAAAUUUACUUCCUAUUAGUAAGAAUAAAAAUAUAGCACAUGGAAUUACAACUAAUCAAAAAAGAGAUCACAGGGGUUGGGAAGGUGGUUCAUACCACUACAGAAACAGUUGCCAAAUAUGAAAUAAUGGAUGGUGCACCAGUUAAAGGAGAUUAUUUUAUGGAGAAAAGCUCCUGA